CUGAACUCUGCUGUUCUGGGGUUUUCGUGCCUAAAGGAAAACACUUCCACCAGAGAGCACAACAUAGUAAGUUGUGUGAGUGGAGGCCACCCCUGGACUCUUUGGGGUAUCUCAGGAGUACCACUAUGGGGUCAGGGCCGGGUCUCAAAGCCUCCUUAGUUGUCCUCCUGGAAGGCACCCAGCGCCACGAGCUCCCCGUUAGCUCCGCGUCGUGGAGCGUCCGCAGCCGCCACCAGGCCCCGCCCAGAGGCAGCCGCGAGCAAGGCCGCGCCAGGGACGACUGCAGAGCGCGGUGUCGCACUUCACCCACCUCCACACCCGGAUCUUUCUCCGUCGGGGUUCUCGGCAAAGACCGCUGCCAUGCCGGUGACAGUGACCCGCACGACCAUCACGACCACCAUGUCGUCAUCCUCAGGCCUGGGCUCCCCAACCAUCGUGGGGUCCCCUCGGGCACUGACCCAGCCCCUGGGCCUCCUCCGCCUGCUGCAGCUGCUGUCCACCUGUGUGGCCUUCUCCCUGGUGGCCAGUGUGGGUGCUUGGACCGGGGCCAUGGGUAACUGGUCCAUGUUCACUUGGUGCUUCUGCUUCUCUGUGACCCUCAUCAUCCUCAUAGUCGAGUUAUGCGGGCUCCAGGCCCGCUUCCCCCUGUCCUGGAGAAACUUCCCCAUCACCUAUGCCUGCUACGCUGCCCUCUUCUGCCUGUCAGCCUCGAUCAUUUACCCCACCACCUACGUCCAGUUCCUGUCUCACGGCCGCUCCCGAGACCACGCCAUCGCCGCCACCGCCUUCUCCUGCAUCGCCUGCGUGGCGUAUGCCACCGAAGUGGCCUGGACCCGUGCCCGCCCCGGGGAGAUCACUGGCUACAUGGCCACCGUGCCAGGCCUGCUCAAGGUGCUGGAGACCUUUGUGGCCUGCGUCAUCUUCGCCUUCAUCAGCAACCCCUCCCUGUACCAGCACCAGCCGGCCCUGGAGUGGUGUGUGGCCGUGUACUCCAUCUGCUUCAUCCUGGCGGCUGUGGCCAUCCUGCUGAACCUGGGCGACUGCACCAACAUGCUGCCCAUCUCCUUCCCCAGUUUCCUGUCGGGCCUGGCCCUGCUGUCCGUCCUUCUGUACGCCACCGCUAUUGUUCUCUGGCCACUCUACCAGUUCAGCGAGAGGCACGGUGGCUGGCCCCACCGGUCACGGGAUGUGAGCUGCAGCCACAGUCACGCCUACUACGUGUGCCCCUGGGACCGCCGACUGGCCGUGGCCAUCCUGACGGCCAUCAACCUGCUGGCUUACUUGGCUGACCUGGUGUACUCGGCCCGCCUGGUGUUCGUGAGGGUCUGAGGCUCCGACGACAACGAAGGGAGCUCUCAAUUCCCUCUUGUCGGCAGAGGUUUCUUUCCAAGUCCGAAUUUCCUCUUCCUGGCUCCCUCUCGCCUACCUUGCUCAUUUCCUUCCUGAUUCAUCCUGCUCUUUUCCGUUCCUUUAGCUCCUGCCUCCUCUCUCCUGGUGCUCUCGCCUUUCCUUCCUGUUGUUGGGUUGCCCACAUCCUGUUUGGCCUGUUUGCCUCUUUCUGUUUUCACCUCUUCUUUCGUACCUGUUCUGUUUCUCGGCUCUUUUCUGGUCCUCGUUUGGUUUCUCAACUGCCCGUAUCCUGGCCACCUCUGUACCAGUUUCUUUCUUCUGAUUUCCUUGGGAGCUCUGAGACUUCUUUCUUCUCUGCCGCCAUUCCAUUGCCCCCCACCUACAAAGGUGCUGAGUUCCAAGUCCCACUGCCCUUUGCAGCUGUUCAUACCCUGGGCCUCCUGGAGAGGGGCCUCAUUGCCAAAGCAUGCCUGCCCGCCCUGGCUGUGCCUUAGUUGGUGUGUACGUGUGCGUUUGUGGGGGUGGGGGUGGGUAUAGCUAAGGGUGGGACUCCCUUUCUCCCAGUGGAGGGGGGGAUGUACAGUACAUGUUCCCUUUAAUCUCUGGAGGCCAAUGAUCUGCAGUGGGCAUGAGGCUUAAAGCACAGCCCCCGGGUCCCUGGGCCCUGCCUGGCCCCCAACCUCGCCUGAGAUUGGCUCCAGAAUUUUUGCCAGGCUUAUUAAAAUUCCGCUGCCUGGAGGCCAUCUUAAAGGAAGUAAAGGGUGGAUGCUUUCCAUCCCAACUGCUCUCUGGGUUAUUGAAAGAGUGGCUGGCAAAGAACCGUACAGUCUUAAGGACAACUGUCCGAGUAUUUGUGGGGGGCAGGGAUGUGGCCCUCCUGCCUCAGUGUUUAAAACAACAUGUAGAGCCUUUUUGCUGGGAGGAGAGGUUGGCCACUGCUGGCCUUCAAGGCAAUGUGAGCCUGGGUUUGUUUGUUUGUUUCUCCUUUUCCCGGUCACGAGGGCAAAACAUACUGGGUGGCCCUCUUCUAAAAGGAAAGUUUCUUUUCAAUGUCUUUUUCUUUGCGGGGGGGGGUGGGGGGGUUGGGUAGAUGGGGAUCACUGUUGCCAUAGUCAGAGGAAUUGCAUUGCUCGAGUGUGGUACGCACACACGCGCGCACACACACACACACACACACGUGUGUUUCUGCAUGCCAGUUGCUUCCUGUAGCUGCUUCCUGCUUCUCUGGGACUCACGCAUAAUGUCAUAUAUAUAAA